UGUAUUUCAAAUGUGUAUUUCAUCUUCUCCUUACUUGAUAACUUCCACAAUUGAUGCUCGCUGACUCCCUGAUAGCCAGUCUGACUGACUGAUUGGCUGACUGAAUGACUGAUUGGCCCCUUUACUGACUAAAUGAACUUUUAAGCCUGGCGAACUUACUAAGAUGGUAAGUAGCUGCCUCUUCAAUUAAUCAAAAAAUGUCGGACACAGUAUUCGUCAGUACUUACUAUCUAAUUUAUCGAAUGGUGGGUGUUAGAGAGUUGGGUUUCUUACAUCGUGCUUUUUUCUUUCAGCAUCUUCCUUAGGCUCUACGAGUUCUGCUGAAUCCACUCCUUUAAUUUUGCCAACUACCACAUCUUCCUUAGCAAUGACAUCUGAAAUAGUUUCAUGUUUAGGAUCACUUGAUUGCGAGGCGUCUUCUUUAGGCUCCAUGAGUUCUACUGACUCCACUCUAUUAUCUUUGGCAACUACCUCAUCUUCCUUAGCAAUGAUAUCUACACUGAUUUCAUGUUUAGGAUCGCUUGAUUGUGAUGGUAGGUUUGCCUCGAAUGUGACUGUCUUCUUUUCAAUAUUUGAGAACUUCCAUAUUAUCUGCACGCUUGCCUAUGUUCUGACUACCUGAUUAUCAGUCUGACUGACUUAUUGGCUGACUGAGAGGUCUCAUGAUUGAAUAAACAAACUGCAAUGCCUGGCUAACUGAGAUGCUGGGUAGCUGCCCUCGUCGAUCGCUAAAUAUCAGGCGCGCUAUUCACAUUUCGUCGUCUGACUUCCACUCUGGUUCCAUACUUAGUGUCCUUGGUUGCCAAGAUAGCAGUAUUUCUAAAUUCAAAAUCGCUUUUUUUUCAAUUAGGUGUCUGCAACAGCGGUAAGGAAUACGACGCAUGCGGAGUAUGUGGCGGGGACGGAUCAACGUGCCCAGGAAUUACGAUGACGAUACCACAAACCAUUGCAAGCAGUCAACCGACUGUCUGGGUGAUUGGAACUAGACUGGACGAUGGAUGGGAUACCUUAUGUGGGUUAUAUGACCCAGAGAGUGGAGCCCUGGUGGUCAAUACCACAGCAGCUGCAAGGAAUCUGACGCAUGCUCGGUGUGAGUUUCAACCUUGGGACGAAAACAUUGCAGGCGUUUACAACCUGUCCCUAACAAUUGUUCACAACGGUAAACCAGAUUUGAAAAUCAACAAUUCACUUCCGGUUUUUUAUUACAUGAGACCGGACCUCUCUCUGACAAAUGUUAUACCCAGUGAAGUCCUCAUGGAAGACCUUCCACAAUAUGUGACUUUAGUCGGCAGUGGCUUCUUUGACUGGAAGGAGACAGUGUGUUAUUUUGGCUCCCAGGAAAGCAGCGUUGUAAACUUCAUUAACGAUACUCAUCUCGAAUGCAAGGUGACCGCCGUUGAAGUUUCGACCCAUUUCUCCGUGUUCCUCUCAAUGGAUAGUGGACUGGUACUGGUUGGCAAUGCCGACCUUACAGUCUAUGCUCGGGCCCCAGACGUUAUCAAAGUAAAGUUCAGUGAUACAGCCGUGAAAAUCUUGAUUCGCUUUGAUAAGGAGGCGGAGAUUGUAAAUGCGGAUCAAACAUGCCAUGAGCUAUUUGCCAGUGAAACAGUUGCUAUGUUAGGGAGUUACCCUGACUGUAUCUUGAGCCAUUCUCAAGAAUUGCAAAUAAUCCCGGGUGUUGGGGCUAACAUUACGGUUGGUGACAACUUGGUGUUUAACGAUAACGUGCUCAAGGCCCGCGAUGAACAGUACAGCAGGUUCCUCAGUGGCUCAUUUUCAGUCGACUCACCAGAUAGUCCCUUGAGACCAACGCCUGUAAUCACAGGUUAG